AUGAUAUUUACAUCUGAAUUAUAUGAAAAAGUUAUUUCUGCUAUUCUUUGUUCAUUUAAUUCAACAACAACAAAUAAUGAAAAACAAAAUGCAUUUAAAUAUCUUGAAGAUUUAAAAGAAAAUCAUUCAAUGAUAUGUUUAACAAUAUCAUUUGAAUUAUUAAAACAAACACAUAAUCAACAUAUACUUCAUCAUUAUAGUUUACAUCUUAUGGAAUCAAUUAUAAAACAUAAAUGGAAUAUAUUGAAAAAUGAUGAUAGAAAUUUAGUUAAAAAACAAUUAUUUUCGAUUAUUAAGAGUACUUAUCUGAAUCAAAUAUUUACGGAACCAGCACAUAUAAGAAAUUCUUUAGCAAAAUGUUUAGUUGAAUUAAUUAAACGAGAUUGUUUUGAAAAAGUUAAUACAACAUUAGAUGAAAUUGUUAACAUGAUACAAGAAAUUAAUCAAAUUCAAGGUUUGUUUUCUAUUUGA